AUGGAACGACUAACAAUCAAUGGUUCUCAGUCAGGGGAUAAAUCUGACAGCGCUGAAGAUUCCUCUCUCGACCGACUAAAGAACGUCAACAGCCUUGAAAGUUGCGAAGUCUGCACCAAGAUCUUCUCAAUAUUCAAGCUACCAUUCGAACACGAGAAUACCACCGUAGAAUUGGGUCAAGUCUCAGAUAUACUCAACAGUAGCUGCGUUCACACGACCUUCGUCGAAAAACACAGACCACUAUGGCCAUUUCCCGCUCAAUAUGAGAACCAGCCACUAACGCUCGGAAAGAAUCGGAACGAAACUUCUGCGAAUCUGAGAAUCUAUUGGAACACGGAAAAUGCACAAGGUGUUCAGUUAGGUUGGCCAUUCGGUCUGAUUAGGAAAGAGACUGAGGCCGAACAUCCGGGUCGGGUUCGUAUGCUUGAUCCGAAAUGGGUUGAUGUUGAGGUCCUUCGAAACUGGCGAACUCGAUGUAUUGAAGACCAUGGUGACGCCUGUCAUCAGCAUAAAAUAUCGAACUUGGAGUCAACUCGUCCUCUGCGGUUGAUUGAUGUUGAAAAGGGGUGCAUUGUGAUUACUGAAGAGGAAGAACCAGUAGACAAAUACGUGACUCUUUCCUAUACCUGGGGACAAACAAAGAACUUCGUAGCUUUGAAAAGCAACUUCGAGCACCUUCGGCAGCCAGGCGUGUUUUUGAACGGUGAUAUUGCUGCGCAGAUUCCUCAAACAAUUCGCGAUGCCAUUGCCAUUGUUAGGGUUUUGGGAGAGAAAUAUCUCUGGGUAGAUAGUCUUUGUAUUGUUCAAGAUGACGAUGAGCCAAAAUGGCAAGAACUUCAAAGAAUGCACUUGAUAUACGCCAACUCAUUUCUUUGUCUGAUUGCUGAAGAAGGGAACUCAAGUCAUGGGCUUCGCGGCAUAAAAGGGGUAUCGUUCGAAAGAAAAAUCGAACAAGAAAUCUAUGAUCUUGCCGGAGGGGAGAAACUCACACACCAGAACGAGUCUUGGGAAGCUUCUCCUCAUGCUAAAGAAGGCUAUCGUAGUCGAGCCUGGACCUUCCAAGAGUAUAUAUUUGCAAAACGUCGACUGGUUUUCGGUACAGGACCCUUGACAUGGCAGUGCAACUCAGAAGCCUGGUAUGAAAACUUGAUGCCAUUUCCAGAGGCAGGUGCGCAUUUUGCUAGAGAAGACAAUUCGGGGCAGUUUGGUUGGAUGAAAUUACAGUUGCCAACUUUACAAGCGCUGUCAGGUCUUGUUGAUAGUUUCAAUGCCAAACUCUUGACGUAUCCUGAAGACGUGUCGCGGGCUUUUGCUGGUAUUCAGUCAUAUUUGCGCCGUUCAUAUCAGGGUGGACUAAUUUUCGGCUUACCAGAAUUCUUCUUCGACAUUGCCCUGUUCUGGUAUGGCGAAUUUGACUCCAGCAGAAGAAAAGUUUCCUCGAAUUUCCCUGGCAAUGCAACCCACAAUGGCCUACCAAGCUGGUCAUGGAUGGGAUGGAAUGGUCAUAUACGUUUCCCAGAAGACUGCGAAUUUGAAUCGAUCAAAUCCAUUGAUCUCGUUGGAUUUACUGAACCUGUGACUGAAUGGUACAUCAUGGAAACUCCUGAAUCAAAAACAAGACGUAAAAUUUCUUCCCAGUGGCAUCAAUACAGAACCGGUGUGAUCGAAAAUGAUGUCGGAUGGGUGAAGAAGGAAUACGAACUAGGUCCACCGCUCGCAAAUGGAUUUUACCGGUCAAAAGAUCUCCGCUCUCAUACUUAUAGCCACGAAUCACAGUCGGGACCCACGUUAUACUGGUAUACACUCCCAUCCGUGGAGCCUCAAAAUUCUCCACGUAUCCAUCCUCAGACCCAAUAUUUGUACUGCGAGACCACCCGAGCAUUCUUAUACGGCACAACCGACAAACUCUGCGACUUCCGCAGCAAAUAUCGUCUCCAGCUCAUCGUCGAUGACGCAGGAGUCUUCGCCGGUGGCAUCACCCUCGGAACCAAUUAUCUCCGCGACAGUAACCGUCUACGAGACGGUGUCCCUACCACAGUAGGCUCCAACCGUAUGGAAUUCGUCGCUAUUGCGAAAGGAUGGACGUCGAUGUUCACCGAAUGCAAGGUUAAUGAGAAGAUUGGUCUUGGGGAAUAUCUCUCGAGGUAUGAGGUGCCGGAUGGGGAGGAGGGGGAGGAGGGGGAUGAGGAGAAUGUGAGGAAGUGGAAGGUGGAGAGGGCUGCGAAGGAAGAUUGUGUUUUUGUGCUUUGGGUUGAGUGGAUGCAUGGGGUGGCGUUUAGAUUGGGGACAGGGAUUGUUUUAGAAAAGGCUUGGGAGAGGGUCUACAAAAGAGCCGAGGACGAGGACCUUUCCCAGAUUUACCCACGCGCUGAGGCAAGCACUGACGAGGAUGUUUCCCAAGUCUAUCGCAGAGCUGAAAAUGAACAUUUAUCGCAGGUGUACAAGAGAGCGGGAGACGAGGAGAUCUCUCAGGUAUACGAGCGUGCUGAAGAUGAGGAUCUUUUCCAAUUCUACUAG